AUGUAUUACAUCAAAAAUGAUUUUGUAGGCUGUGGAAACGUGUCAGUAAUAUCGAAUGGAGACAUAACACUUAUAGAUGAAGGCAAUACUACAUACGGCGCCUUAGCUGAAGUUACAUGUAACACAGGCUAUAAUAAAACCAUAAACAUUAUAGAAUGUCACGACACCGGAGAAUGGGAUGUUCCUGCUUGUUACUUAAUAGACUGUGGAGAUGUCCCAACGAUAUCUAAUGGAACCAUUUACCUAAAAGAAGUAGGAAAUACCACAUACGGAGCUAUUGCGGAGGUAGUAUGUGAAAAUGGCUAUAACGAAACUCUAGAUAUAAUCGAAUGUCGCAAUACAGGGGAAUGGGAUGCCGUUGAAUGUUAUUUAAUUGAUUGUGGAAUACUUCCACCAAUUGAUAAUGGAAGCAUUGCUUUGAUAGAUGACGGAAAUAGCUCAUUCGGUGCUUUAGCUGAAGUGACGUGCUACAUUGGCCAUAACGCGACUUUAAAAACCAUAAUGUGUCGUGAUACUGGGAAAUGGGAUAAUACUUCAUGUGAAAUUAUAAACUGCGGAGAUGUCCCAACGAUAUCUAAUGGAACCAUUGACCUAAAAGAAGUAGGAAAUACCACAUACGGAGCUUUGGCGGAGGUAGUAUGUGAACAUGGCUUCAACGAGACUCUUGAUAUAAUCGAAUGUCGCGAAACAGGGGAAUGGGAUGUCGUUGGAUGUUGUUUAAUUGAUUGUGGAAUACUUCCACCAAUUGAUAAUGGAAGCAUUGCUUUGAAAGAGGACGGAAAUAGCUCAUUCGGUGCUUUAGCUGAAGUGACGUGCAAUAUUGGCAAUAACGCGACUAAAGAAACCAUAAUGUGUCGUGGUACUGGGAAAUGGGAUAAUACUUCAUGUAAAAUUAUAAGUAUGAAGUUUUCGUGUUAGUUUCUUCACUCUUUUUAUAUAAAACGUUUUGAGUUUCAUGCGAAAUAGAUUUUUAAAUGAAACACUCCACUGACAGAGAAUCACAAUAUCAUUUAUUACUUAAAAUAUACUUUUUGACAUAUUGAAAUAUAGGAACUAAUUCUAUAAAACCCCUAACAAUA